CUCUUUCUUCUUCUCACUAGGCAAAUGAUUUCUUUCUCGGUAUUAUACACACAUCUUCGUGCUCGUCCUCGAAUUUGUGAAAAGUUGACACUAAUUCUUUGACCGUUUUAUAAAAUAAUUCCACCCCACGAGAGGGUGUGUAAUCUAAUCUAACAAAGAUAGGAGUUGGUAAUUUUAAUUGUGACGAGGAUGAGUUUCCCAGCGGAAGGGGAUCAUCAGCACCAUCACCGAAUUCCCGUCGCCCAGGAGGGAGAAUUGUAUUCGCUGAAAUGGCACACCUUCCAGUCACAUUUGACCUCAGGGUUGAAACAAUUCCUCUUCGACGGCGAUUUUUUGACAGAUGUGACUUUGGUGGCCGAAGGAAAGAUGAUUCGUAGUCACAGAAUGCUGUUGAGUCUUUGCAGUCCGCAUUUCAAGCAGCUGUUCCAGGGGAACUCUGCACAGAACGUUAAUACAAUUGUGAUACUCAAUAAUGUUCGAUACCAAGAUCUGCAGCAUGUGAUUCAGUUCAUUUACAAUGGCGAAGUUAAAGUAUCAAACAAUUACGAACUUCAAGGAUUUUUGCAGACUGGUGAGCUUCUUCAGAUUGAAGGACUUACCAAAACAAGUUCAAAACACGAGACUGAGGGGCGUGAGCCAGCAUCACAACAACAACAGGGGCACUUAUCUCCCAACGCUCAAUCCACCCCAAUCCCACAAAUGCAUCAUCGCCGUAGUCAUAUUCAAGUACCUAAUAAGGGUGGGCCGGGUCCCGCUCGAUCUCAUCAAAUUCCUGUAACCUCUGCUGGGGACGGCUCUUCUCAUCCUCCACCCACCAAGCGAACUCGCCUCUUGCCAACAGCAACAGUCACCAGCGCAACUGUUGCCUACGGUGAAGCCAAUAACGUUGUUAGUAGUAUUACGGGAGAUCUGAAUUCGUCAUCUUUGGAAGAUGGUGGCGAUGGAGUAUCAGGAAUCGACCCGCUGGCUGUGCCUGAUUUGAGUUCGAUUGCAGCAAUGGUGGAGCAUGACCCUUUGAAUUUGAUGAAUGAAACGGGCGUGAGUCAACAUCAACAUCAGCACGGUGUGCCAGGAAUCGACGACGAAGAACAAAUGAUUACUAUUGACUCCAUCAAGAGCGAGUCGGGUGUUGAAGGACUUUAUGACGAAAGAGACGAGGAAGAAGAUGAGGAAGGGUUUGAAAUGACUGAUCACGGCGAUGCUUCUGGGUUAGGAGUGGAUGGUAUGUAUGACGUGAAAUCUUCUGGACCUGGACCUUCGUCUGCAAUUUCUGGUGGUGCUUCGGUUGGUGGUGGUGCUAAUGUCAAACCUCCAGGACCCAUUUUUUAUACGCUCACGCCUGUGCCUUUCGACUCGCGUCCAGCACCGAUUCCCCCAAACCCCAGUUCAAAUCACGGAUACGGUUAUGAAGGAAGUGAGCUUAAACCAGUCCCAAGUUUCCUAGACUUGGCACAACAACAACGCCUUGGUUUCAUUGGAGCUACCACAGUCUGUGGAGACAUUGGGGGUAAUUAUCAAUGUGGGAAAAAGCUAAACGCAAGGAAACCGAGAAAAUUGGCGGAGACCUCCGGUCCUGUUGAAUGUCACUUAUGUGGCAAAUGGUCAAAGAACAAAAACAGUUUGAAGACACAUAGAUCACUGUAUCAUCGCCCAGAUAAACAAUUAAAGGGUCAGGGAACUGAUACUUCAACCACAUAAUUAAAUCAAGAAAUAAUGUUGACUAAUUGAUGGUAGAUAUGUAUGAAAAUCAUUGACGGGUUGGGUGCUACAUAAAUAAAUAUUAUUGAAUAGUGGUGACACAUUGCUAGCAUUAACCGAUUUUAAUUUAAAGGUGAAUCACGAAAGUAGCUUUAUCAAGUUAGCCUUAUCUUAUUUCGCUUAAUUAAUAAUAAAUUGCGAGUCGUUGAAAUAUGUUUACAAAUUAAAUUACAACCAAAAUAUUAAUCUAGUCUUACUGAUACCAAUAAUAGUCAUCCAUAUUUAGUCAUAUAAAAUGUUCAUCAAAGUAAGCUUUACGUAAAAAUUGUAUAGCAUUAUAUUA